AUGGAAGACAGUCGUAGAGGAUUAUCUUCAACACCACAAUCACGCAAGAUCAUGGUGAUCGCUGACCCUACCCGUGAAUCUGCAGCUGCUCUUCAAUACACUCUUUCACACGCCGUGCUCGAGCAGGACGAGCUCAUCCUCGUCCAUGUUGAAAACAAUGGUGGCUCGUGGAAAAACGCUUUCUCGAGUUUCUUGAGAUUACCAAGCUCCAUUUCCUCCUCCUCCUCCUCUAGUACCAGCGGAUCCUCACCGGGAGCUGCUAAUGCUAACGCUAACACUGCAAUCGCAGCUUCAUCUUUGGCAUCUGAGAUUGGUCAAGGAGAAGGGAAUUUCCUUGAACAAAUGAAACGGAUAUGUGAAAUCGCUCAGCCUAAGGUGCGUGUGCACACUGAAUCUAGGAGGCCUGGAGGGUCUCUAAGAGGACCAAAAGGCAUAGACACUGCAGAAUAUUUAAUCGAGAACAGCAAAUGCACCUGCGUUGGCGUACAGAAGAAAGGUCAAAAUGGAGGCUAUGUUCUAAACACCAAGACCCAUAAGAAUUUUUGGCUCUUGGCAUGA